AACCAGAGUGAGACAAUGUUUUCUUUGUGACAUGGUGCAUUAUAAUGCAGGAAAGUAGCCAUUAGAAGAUGUGGUCGGCAACAAUACUCAGACAGGCUGUAGUAUUUAAGUGAUAAUUGAUUAGUAUUAAACGGUCCAAAUUGCGACAAGAAAACAUUACCGAUAGCAUUACACCACCACCACCACCAGCCUGGAUGGUUGACCCAAGGCAGGUUGGGUGCACUGAUAUAUGCUGUUGGUGCCAGAUUCUGACCCUACCAUCUGUACGCCUGAGUAAAUGCACAGAUUCAUCAGAGCAGGCUACGUUUGUCCAGUCUUCAACUGUUCAGUUUUAGUGAGCUUGUGCCCGGUUCAGCGUUCUGUUCUUGGCUGACAGGAGUGGAACCCAACGUUUUGUUUGGUUGAAGAGCUUUUCUGCUCACCACAGUUGUGCGGAGUGGUUAUUUAAAUUACUGUAGCCUGUAGUUCAGGCUGGCCAUUCUCCUCUGACGAGGCAUUUCUGUCUGCAGAACUGCCACUCACUGGAUGCUUUUGGUUAUUUCGACUCACUUUAUAAGUAUAUUCUAGAGACCGUUGUGUGUGCAAAUCCAAGGAGAUCAGAGAUCACAUUUUUUCCCCAUUCUAGUAUAUGAUGUGAAUGUUAACUGAAGCCUCUGACUUGUAUCUGCAUGCUUUUAUACACUGUGCUGCUGCCACAUGAUAGAUCAUUGCAUGGUUAAGCAGAUGUACACGUAUUCCUAAAAAAAAAGUCCAUUAACUGUACACUGAUAAUAUCAUGAGAGAGAGAGAGAGAGUGAGUAUGCCAUGUCACUGCUUAUUUUGAUAGUUGAUAGUCACCAGAUCACAGUAUGCCAUGUCAGUAGCUGAAAACAAAGUGAGGCUGAUCCUUCAACUAUGUGUUUUUACAGAGAGAGAGAGAGAGAGAGAAGAAGAGGGAGAGUACAUUUUAACAGCAUUUUCAUCAGGGCAUGGCAUUUUCUGUUGCUAUGGUAAAACUAAACUAAAAAAAAAACGAAAAUAAAAAUAAACUUAAAAAAUUAAAAAUAAAAACACGUCAACAGGCUUAAUGUAUUUGUCAGUUUUCAGACUUCUGAGAUGCCACCAAUAAACUUCACCUGCUCUUCAGAAGAGAUACAUCCAACUCAGUCUUUGUAUGAGGGUUUGCCCCGUUGCCAAAUGACUUUUCCAAACCACAAGUGAUUCAUCACCAACAUCAUUCUUCUCAGAUGCACACUAACAUAGACCUGCAGUAACUCCAUCUGAUUAAAUUUAACAUUACAGUGCAUGACUGGAAAAAUAUCUUCGAGAUGGCCCAGGUGGAGAAGAAAGCAGGUUUGCUGCGAAAAUCCUCUGCUUCCAAGAAACCACUGAAGGAGAAGGUGGUGCUAAUGUAUGAUGAGAUCUUUGCGAAAGAUGAUCCAGCAAAAAAUAAUCCCCGCUUCUGGGAGGAGCUUUUUCUAAUGAGGGUGAAUUUAGAAUACCUAGAAGGAAAACUGGAAUCUCUUGAUGGUGAUGAUCUCAUGAAAAUUAAAGACAAUGUAAAUAGCCUUUUUCAUCACUGCAUUCAAGCUCUUGGAGAGGAGCACCAGAUUAAAGUUGUCAAUGCUUUACAGACCUUGUGUGCACUGUUGUGGGGUGUCCAUCAGAAGAACAAGUCUACAUCAGGGUUUGAUAUUAUUAACAUGUUAAUGGGCUUUGAUAAAGCAGAACUUCGAAUGAAGGAUCUCAUGGAAAGUUUGGACACACUUUUGUGUGGUGAGGGUUCAGAAAGUUUGAAGAGCCUUUGCCUUAAACUCUUGCUUUGUUUAGUUACGGUCACAGACAACAUUAGCCAAAAUUCAAUCCUGGAAUAUGUAAUGAUAAACAGCAUAUUUGAAGCCAUUUUACAGAUUCUAUCCACUGAUCCCAGCAGACGACAGCACGGCUAUGAUGCAGUGGUCCUCUUGGCUCUCUUGGUGAAUUACCGAAAAUAUGAGUCUGUGAACCCAUACAUCGUUAAACUUUCAAUUAUUGAUGAUGAAACCACAUUAAAUGGAAUGGGUCUGGUCCUUUCACAAGCACUCUCUGAAUAUAACAGGCAAUACAGAGAUAAAGAAGAGGAGAACCAAGGAGGCUUUUUCUCUGCAAUCACUAAUAUGGUUGGCAGUAUGUUCAUAUCGGAUGCGGAUGAAAAGAUUUCUGUACAGACCAAUGAAGCUGUUUUGCUUGCAUUAUAUGAAGCAGUGCAUUUAAACAGGAAUUUCAUUACAGUACUUGCGCAGAGUCAUCCAGAGAUUGGCAUGGUGUCACCUCCUACAACGCCGGUCCCAACCACUCCAACCACUCCUUCCUCGAUGGAUGUGAUGAAUUCUGCAGAGCUGCCUCUUGAUCCUAAUCUCCAGACAAGUAAUCUGCUCAUAACGUUUUUGAAGUAUUCUUCUAUAGUUAUGCAAGACACCAAAGAUGAACAUAGACUGAAUAGUGCAAAACUUUGUCUCAUCAUUCUGUCAUGUAUAGCAGAGGAUCAAUAUGCCAACUCCUUUCUGCAUGAUGAUAAUAUGAAUUUUCGUGUUAAUCUGCAUAGAAUGCCGAUGAGGCACAGAAAAAAGGCAGCAGAUAAGAAUAUCCCUUCCAGACCCUUGGCAUGUGCAGUACUAGACUUGAUGGUGGAAUUUAUUGUAACUCAUAUGAUGAAGGAAUUUCCAAUGGACUUGUACAUGCGAUGUGUACAGGUUGUUCACAAGUUAAUUUGCUACCAAAAAAAGUGCAGGGUGCGUCUGCAUUACACAUGGAGAGAACUCUGGUCAGCACUCAUAAACUUGUUGAAAUUUCUGAUGUCUAAUGAGACGACAUUGCUGUCAAAAUACAACAUAUUUCAGCUUGCUCUGCAGGUUGUCAAUUUAUUCAACAUGUUCAUAACAUAUGGGGACACAUUUCUUCCAACUCCUAACAGUUAUGAUGAACUUUAUUAUGAGAUUGUGAGGAUGCAUCAAGUCUUUGAUAAUCUCUACUGUAUGGUGCUGAGGCUUUCAACAAACACUGGGCAGUGGAAGGAAGCUGCUAGCAAGGUGACCCAUGCCUUGGUGAAUGUAAGGGCCAUCAUUAAUCAUUUUAAUCCAAAAAUUGAGUCCUAUGCUGCUGUGAAUCACAUAUCCCAGCUAUCUGAAGACCAGGUUCUAGAAGUGGUGCGCUCAAAUUAUGACACUUUGACAUUAAAGCUGCAAGAUGGCUUGGAUCAGUAUGAGAGGUACUCUGAGCAGCCCAAAGAGGCUGCCUUCUUUAAAGAGCUGGUACGCUCAAUCAGCUUGAAUGUGCGGAAGAAUGUGUCCCUCAACACUCUGAGCCAAGACUUCCUACUGAAAGAAUUCUCUUCCAUAUCCUGAGACUUUGUCUUCGUCUCAAUUGAACUGUCAUUCUCAUAAUGUGCUCCCAGAGUGCCCUGUAGACACUUUACUUACACUGUGAUCGAUGCAGACAUCUCUCACACUGACUGUGCUGCCCAAAAGAAUUGAAUAUUUUCAGCUGUGAAAUAACCAGGCUUUGUAAUUGUUGUUCAGACUCUGUAACUCUACAUCUGUUUGGGGUAGGGGGACUAUUGGGGGUAUCCAUCCUGCCUUCUGCAACACUGAAAUGAACAGUGUUCAUUAAGGCUGAUUGAAUUAAAACAAAUCUCUCUUAUUCUGUUGUGUCAAAAAUACAUUGUUGUUUUAUGGAAAUUUUUACUGUUAUUUCAGUCUAGUAAGGGAUCCGAAGAGCAGUCAGCUAAAUCAGGUAAACUGAAUAUAGUGAAUCUGCAAAUCAAUAAACUGGAAGUGAAAAGCACUGAGGGCUUAGUUAAAUUGAGUUGUGUGAUCUGAAAAUUUGCUAGAGUGCAGCAUCAAGAACUUUUCUUUUGGUUUCCCAGGUAACAAUGAAGAAAUCAAUGUUGUUAAAAGGGGGUGUUCAGUGCUGCAGUGCGCUCUCUCUUGCAUGUGGCAGUCCAAUAGUUAGCGAGAUAAAAUACAUCCUAAUAAAGAUUAUGCUUUAUAAGGCUAGUCUACAGGUUUCUCACUGAUUCCUGAGAGUAAUACACUUUGUUUCAGGAUGGUAGGAGAGAAGAUGUGUGUAAAUGGAGAUGGGAAUGCCUUGUCAUGUGUCAUUGAUAUACUCAGAUAGAUUGUUUAAAAUAAUUGACCAUUCUGAUGAAAUCGUACGUACCACCUGUUUUAAAUCUUGCUGUAUUACCUGUUAUGGACAAAAAGUAUUCAGUGUUAUUUAUAUGUACUGUUCCUUCAAAUAGACAUUUUUUAACAAU